UUUUGGCUUAUCUGUGCUUCAAUUCCGGCAAGAACGUCAACUCUAAAUUUGUACGAAAUAAAAUUUGCUGACUAAAAUCUUCUAGCACACUCAACGACCUAAUAUUAUUGUUUUAAUAUUAAUUAUCUUAAGUAGUUUGGUGUUAAAUCAACAUGCCACGUGGUAAAUACACCAAUCAUAAGGGCCGCAACCGCAAGUUCACGAGCCCCGAGGAGUUGGAAGAACAACGAAAGCAGGAGGAGUUGAAACAAAAGUGGAGAAAGGAGCAUGGUGGAGAUGACGAGAGCAGCGAGGAAGAAUCGGCAGAUAACAAAUCUGGCUCAGGCAGCAGUGACGAAAGUGACUCAGAUGAAGAUCAUCCAACAAAAGCAAAGGGAGUCUCCGGUUUAAUUGAAGUAGAAAAUCCCAAUAGAGUGGUAAAGAAGAACAAGAAAUUGGCCAACUUGAAUACCUCAUUAGGAGAAGGAGAGAAACCUCAGUUGUCUAGACGCGAGCGCGAGGAGAUCGAGCGCGCGCGCGCGGCGGCGGCGUACCAGAAGGCGCACGCGGAGGGCAAGACCGAGCAGGCGCGCGCCGACCUGGCGCGCCUCGCCAUCAUCCGCCAGCAGCGCGAGGAGGCCGCCAAGAAGCGCGAGGCCGACAAGAAGGCCAAGGACGAGGGGCCCAAGAAGAGGUAGACAAGCAAACUCCCAAGUAGGUCACAUAACUAACAUCUUUUGAAAUUAUAUAUGCUCAUAAUAUCAAACUUGGCACCUUUCAAUCUUGGUUUCCUGCAGUCCUAUGACGAUUGCAUGAAUUGUGUUAUGAAGACAACAUAAAGUAUGCAUCCUUAUUGAAAAAGAAAAUGCUCUACCUUGUCUUUGUAAUUGCGAUAAACGCGAUUAUGCCCCUUGAAAUCGGAAAGAAGUAAAAUAGCCCAUGAGCUUCCGCUAAGGGAGUCACCACAAUCGUCGACUUGACACAGCCCACCAAACUGAUGUGUUUUGAUGAGCCGUCGCACCAGCGCCGAUGAGCAUGUUUUCUUUACGGGCGAGGGCUUCUACUUUUAGUAAACCUCGCUGGCAGUGUGAAAUAAAUCGACGAUUAUUGUAUACAACUUUUUAUUUACAAGGGAUCUAGAUUAUGUACAUCUUUAGAUAAUACGUUUGAAAGUUUUGAAACAUACAUAUUAGAAAAUGGUUGGUCGCAAGUCGCUCGUAAAUUUUUACGCAAGUAGUGGGGAAACAGUAAACUGUUUAAUUAAAUAAAAUAAAAAUAUUGCUGUUUUAUUCCGUAAUACAUAAAGCUGCGUGGGUAAAGUGCACUGCAUUAAAUCCGAACGGCUUCAAUUGCGUUUAUAAAACAUCCGACAAAUCUGAUUCGUCGUCGAAAAGUGUGUUGACUCCCUAAUGUGACGUAAGGAAUUGUCUAAUGAUACUUAUCAUGCAUAAUAUACGUUAUAUUUAUUGACCCGGUUUGAUUCUGUGAGACUGCCGUAGCUAUAGUUCCAGUCAAGUUUUUUGAUGUAUAAAUUUCCUAUUUCCAUUGUACUUCCAUGUGAAUUUACCACGAUAUAACAGGAAUAAAAGCAAUAAUUUAGAUUUAUAUAACCCACAUCCUCAAUAUUUGUUGUGCUUAUAGAUAUUCCGUUUCGAUGUCGGUAGCAAUUCAGUACAGUUGGCAAAAAUAUAAAAGUAAUGUUUGAAAUAUUAUUUCAUGGACAUAAGUCCUUUUGCACAUUGCCUUUUUGCUACUGAUAUAUAAAAUAAUCAAUUGUGUAACAGGCACUGCCAAUCUCAAGCGAGUGACCAAUAAAUAAGCUUUUGCAAUCUGCUGAUAUGUCUUAAGAUUCCGUGAGGUCUUUGCAUCCAUAAUACAUUCUACGAUAUGUUUUGCCAGCAAGUGUAGAAAAUUAUUAGGGGCGCCACUUCCUACGUAACUGUGACAUUUUUGACGUAAAAUGCUUACACAUGGCAACAAUUUGGUAUGGAAGUGUUUUAGUUCCAUUUUAUUUAAUUUCUACUAUUUUAUGUCGCACUAUUAGUUUUAUACGUCUAUUGUAUUGUGGAAUUGUGUCGUCAGGUCUAUGUCAACAUUCAGGACAUCUGGAAUAAUUGAGCAUUACUUUGUUUCUGAAAUUCCUGAAAAUGGUGUAUUUUUUUGUUUCUUUGAUAAUAAGCGCCACUUGCACCAUCCCACUAACCCGGGGUUUACCGGUUAAAUAUGGAUUUACCAUGGUUACCAGUACAAUUUGACACUGGGUGGGUUUAACCGCUUAACCCCGGGUUAUUGGGAUGGUGCAAGUGGCGCUGAGAGUGCAAAAGUCUAAUGCAUUGUGGAACACUUUGUAACACAAACCUUGUCAACAUAAAUACUCUCCGUUCGUGGUUUCAAUCACUGUCACUUAAUAAUUUUUGCUUUCAGCACUUUUGUCUCAAAUAACUGAAAUAACUAUAUUUGGUGUUACUGCUACAUUUGUUCGUCCUGUACCCGAAUUUUUUUUUGUUUUCGAAAAUUGCAGUCAUUUGUAUCAAUAACGUUCUUAAACUGUGGAAAAGAACUGUGUAUGACCCGCCUGCCUACGUUAUUGAAUCUGGCCAUUUUUAAACUUACCUUUGAUCUGUCCAUACAAAGGUAUGUGUUUUAUUAUGUCUGUUAUUUUCAAUUUGUAUGAUGAGAACAGACUUACGUGUUAUUAAGUGUACCUAUGAAAUUUGAUUUCUCAACAAUAAAAUUAUGAAGUUAUUUACAACAAGUCUUUUAAAAUACUUACGAAUUUAUUUGCACUCUGACUUAUUAUUCUGAAACUUAUUUUAGACUGCAUAUAAUGAAUUUCCUUUUAAAAUUCCCGAAGACCAUUCUCAACUGUACAAUAAGUAAUGGUAAGUACUGAUUUCAUGUCAUUAAUUAAUGAAUUUUGCAAUUUUUAAAUAUGAAUUAUGUAUACAUUUUAUUGUUGAUUCUAACAUUCAUAUAGUUUGUGAACUCUUUCAUACAAUUAAGGUGUUACGAUAUUGAAUAGAUAUUGUGUACAUUUGAGGGUACGUUAUAUUUAUCUAUAUUUACAAAUCCACCAGAUAGUACUAUGUAUGAAAUUGCUUAGGUCUAAUUUAUUAGAUAGUCUUACUAGACAAUUUUAUAUGCGAAUGUGUAUAUCUAUACAAUAAAUUGAAAAUUAUGAAUGU